ACAAUGACAAAAUAAAAGCAGGCCACGCAAAUUUAACUGAGAACUUUUUUUUACGUACAGUAAUCAAGAAGGUGAAAUCUGAGACACUGGAGAGACUCUAGUAGAUUAGUGAGUGUUUGUAUUUUUUAUGCUUGUUUUUCUUUUUCAGUUUACAUUUACAGUGACCACAUUCUGGGAUUGGGCUUAAAAAUAUAUGGCAGUUGGAAGCAGAAUAGUUGAAGCCUGUUUUUGAUUAAAUUUUAAAAUUUUUUGGUUUAUGUACUGUAAAAAUAACUGAAUUCACAACACCAUUCAUGAACUCUUCUGGUGAUGUCUGACCAGUGAUAUUCUAACAAUGACAUAACAUCAGCAACAACAUCAUGUCCCGUGGUAUCAAAGUAAAUAAAUCAUGAUGGUCCAAAUGAAAUUAACUGUGAUCGCAGAGUUGCUUAUUCAUCAGCUUUUCAGAUCAUUUGAAUAACAAACACGAGUUGGAGCGUGUAUAAAGUAUAAAAGCCUGCUGGCAGUCACAGGUUGUUGGACACAUUCCCACAAACUCACAUUGCAUCAAACAUGGGCAAGAUUAUUUUCUACGAGGACAGGAACUUCCAGGGGCGCUCUUAUGAGUGCAUGAGUGACUGUGCUGACAUGUCCUCCUACCUGAGUAGAUGUAAUUCCUGCAGGGUGGAGAGUGGCUGCUUCAUGGUCUAUGAGCGUCCAAACUACACCGGAAACCAAUAUUUCCUCAGAAGGGGCGAAUACUCUGACUACAACUCUUUUGGCAUGAGUGGUUCCAUCCGAUCCUGCCGUCUGAUUCCACAGCACAGAGGGUCUUACCGACUGAGGAUCUAUGAGAAGGAGAACUUCCAGGGUCAAAAUUUUGAGCUGCUGGAUGACUGCAACAACAUCCAAGACCGCUACCGUAUGCCUGACUGCCAGUCCUGCACAGUGAUAGACGGCCACUGGCUGAUGUACGAGCAACCUCAUUAUAGAGGCAGGAUGAUGUACUUCAGGCCUGGAGAGUACAGGAGCAUGAGAGAUGUGGGAUACAGUGGUAUGAGGAUCAGUUCUGUCAGGCGCAUCAUGGAUUCCUGUUAA